AUGUCUGAUAACGAAAAGCAACAAGUCUUGCAAGAGGACAACAACUACGAGUACGCAUCUGAUACCGACGAACAACCAGAGCAACAACAAGUCGCACAGGCCGCUCCCAGGCAGGGUCAACGAACGAUGCAGCGCGCUCGGCAAAACCAAGCUCAAACACAACAGUUCCAAGCACCGCAGCAACAGCCCGCACAGCAACAGAUGGUACCUGCGAUGGACCAACGCAUGACCGGCAACAUGGGCGGCAGGACUGGAGCAAUCCGCGAGUCGAGAAUCAAGGACAGGCCACAGCCAAAGGAGGAAAGAGACAGCAGUUUGAAAAUCAAGAUCGAGCUGGAUCUUGAAGUCGAGGUAGAUUUAUAUGCCAGGGUCAAGGGAGACGUCACAAUAGGCCUGAUGUAG